ACCACCACGGCGACCAGCCGCCCCUACAAGUACGAGCUGAUGGUGGACGGCGAGCCGGUGCUCUUCGAGCUGCUCGACACCUGCCCCAAGACUGCCGGCGAGAUGCCGUCGACCAAGACGCUGGACUGGGCGGAUGGCUUCCUGCUGGUGUACUCCAUUACGGACCGCGAUAGCUUCAGCUACAUCAAGCGGCUGCGUUCACACAUGGCGCAGUGGCGGCGGGAGGGCGGUCCGGCCGCCGCCGCUACCCCCAUGGUGCUGGUCGGCAACAAGGGCGACAUGAUCCACCUGCGGCAGGUCGGCAACGAGGAAGGGGAGAUCCUGGCUCGCGACAUGGAGUGCCUCAGCUUCCGGGAGGUGUCCGCCUCGGAGCAGGUCACGGAGGUGGCCGAGGCCUUCAACGACCUGUGUCGCGAGGUCAACAACCACCGGCGCAAGAGCAAGCAAUCGCUGCUGGACCGGGUGCUGGGCGGCCGCGGCGGACUGCGCGUGUACGCCCGAGGCAAGAGCGACAGUGCACUGCCCAAGGACUAGGGCCGCUGUGUCCGAGGAUGGGGGCCGCUUUUUGCGGAGUACUUCGUGGGCCUUGGUCACUGCCUAAUGACUGGGGCCGUUGGCUG